AUGUUAGCAAUACCUGAGGCGCUGUUUAAAUGAUGAACUCUGAGUGACUCUAAAAGAUAUCGUGUCUGUUGGGGUGAUAAACACGUAAAUUGUCGCGGUGAAUAUCGACAAUUAUUCCGGCAUUUGCCAGGCGUACGCCACCAGGCGAACACUGUUGCAGUGAAAUCAUUUGUACAUUGACGCCGAACACCUUGGAUUAUCUACGGUUACUCGUUUGGAGUUCGUACCCGUAUAUAGUUGAGAUCCAGAAAAGGGUGGGGCCUGAAGGGAUUGGUGCGUGGUGUACGUAUAGCUAUUGGAACUCACAGAAAUAUAUACAGGACAGAGCAUGGAGGCCAUUACUGAACAAGAAAUUGAUUGCCUUAUUAAGAAGGGAUCAAUUAUCUUCAUUAAACGGAAUAAAGUGUACGAUGUCAGCGAGUUCGCGAAUCAGAUGAAACACCCCGGUGGUCGUGAAGUAUUGACAGAGCACGUGGGAAAAGAUGUGGCUAGUGUAAUGAAAGGAGCAACGCAUAGCCACAGUCAAAAUGCAUAUAAACUGAUGGAAGGUUUUUGCAUUGGUCAGCUAGUGAAGGAAGAGGAUGAAACUCAGGAGAAGGAAUUACCACCGCAAAAUGAAGAAAUAGAGAGUUUGGUUGACUGGAACAAAGCUAUGGUAUGGCAAGUUCAAAAACUGGGGGAGAAGUACGAAAAUUGGAUACAUUCACCGGUGGACAGACCAAUGAGAAUUUUUCAAACAACAGCUAUGGAGUUACUGACCAUGACCCCGUGGUAUAUGGUUCUCGUCAUCUGGGUACCAGUCAUGACGCUCUUUAUGCAAAUGAGUCUAAGGAAAUGGGGCAAUGACAUAAUAUCUUUCGAGGUGAUCGGCGAUCACAAAGUUUUCAUUCCGGACCGGUCGUUCUCAUUAGUGUUCUUGCUUGGGUUACUGCUUUGGACAUUGAUUGAAUACUGUUUGCAUCGAUUUCUGUUCCACCUUGUACCUCCUUCAAGUUCACCCACAUUGAUGAGAAUUCAUUUUCUGUUGCACGGAAUACACCACAAG